UCCACUGGGCGCCCCCGGCCCCACCCGCCCCUCCCAGAGGGCUUCCCCGAGAAUCCCCCAGACUCUCACGGGCGCUGUGGGGGUGGGGCCUCUCUGAUGGACAGAGCGGGGUGCGGACUGGGCGGGCGGCUGGGACCUUGACCGCGGCGGCCGUGCGGGCUUCUGCGGCGCCCGCGGCGGGGACAACCAGGUGCCGGCGCCGUGCGGGCGACACGCGCGUCUCUGCGGGGCUGCGCGGGGUCCGCGGAGCGGCUGGGGGCGCGCGGCGCGGGCGCGGCGCUGGGCGCGGGGGGCGCUCCCGGCCGGGAUGAGCUCACCGCAGUCGCGCCGGGGCUGAGCGCCGAGCCGGGCGGCGGCGGGGCGGGCGGCGGCUCCUCGGCGGCUCCGGGCCGCGGGCCACCAUGCUGGGCCUGGACGCAUGUGAGCUGGGGGCGCAGCUGCUGGAGCUGCUCCGGCUGGCGCUGUGCGCCCGAGUCCUCCUGACCGACAAGGAGGGGAGACAGCUGCCCCCUGACGAGGCCCUGGACGAGGCUGUGCCCGAGUACCGGGCCCCAGGGAGGAAGAGCCUGCGAGAGAUCCAGCAGCUGGACCUGGAGGAUGAGAGCCUGGCUAAGUACAAGCAGGCACUGCUGGGGCCCCUGCCACCGGUUGUGGACCUGAGCCUGCCCAACGUGCAGGUGACCAGGCUGACGCUGAUGUCGGAGCAGGCUCCGGGGCCCAUCACCAUGGACCUCACAGGGGAGCUGGCCGUGCUGAGAAACCAGGUGUUUGUCCUGAAGGAGGGUGUUGAUUACAGAGUGAAGAUUACCUUCAAGGUCAAUAAGGAGAUCGUCAGUGGCCUCAAGUGUCUGCACCACACCUACAGGCAGGGCCUGCGCGUGGACAAGGCCGUGCACAUGGUGGGCAGUUACGGCCCGCGUGCCCAGGAGUAUGAGUUUGUGACCCCGCUGGAGGAGGUGCCCCGAGGAGCACUGGUGCGGGGUGCUUACGUGGUCACGUCCUUCUUCACCGACGACGACAGGACGGACCACCUGUCCUGGGAGUGGGGCCUCCACAUCUGCCAAGACUGGAAGAGCUGAGCGCCCCCACCCUGGGGACCAUCCUCCCACCUGGAGUCCUGCUUUCCCUGCCCCUCCGUCAGUGAUCACACCCCCUCCCACACCCCCUGCUCCAUCCUGGGACGCCCCCUCCCUGGGCUGGCACUGUGCCCUGAACAGUCCUAUUAAAGUCGCCUUGUCUCAGUG